AUGAAGCACCUGACCCAAGGCAAGGGAACGGUCGCUGAGUAUAUCUCUGAGUUCAGAGAAAUACAAGGUCAAACCGAGUACAGCAAGGAAGACCUCCUGUCACGCUUUUGGGAUGGUCUGUCUGACAGCAUGAAGGACGACCUUUCUAAGAGCUCGCUACCCAUCGAGACGCUCGAUAACUGCAUGAACUCUGCCGCUACGCUCGAUCGACGUAUACGGCAGCGACAAGCCGAGAAGAGGGGGGUUCGCAUCCAAGCCCCUUUUGCAUCAUCCACAGUCUCCCACACGCCAGCCCGUGAUCCCAUGGCCAUGGACAUUGAUGCCACGCGAACCGUCCAGUCCUACAUCGACUUCAUGCGAGGGAAGUGUUAUGGCUGCGGAUCCAAGGACCACAUCAAGCGGGAUGGCAACCACGAGCGUGAUGUAUGCAAUCACUGCCACAAGACGGGCCACCGAUCCACUGUGUGCCGAUCCAAGUACUUUGGUAGGCCUUCGACACCAGCACAGUUUGCGCCACCGGCCCGUGUUAGAGCUACGGACCAACCGGCAGCAUCGACAAGCACGGCACCCCCUGCAUCGCCUCAUGCUGAGGGAGAAGUUAGCAUGAUGACU